GAGCCCUCAAAAGUACCCGGUCUCCGGCGGCAAAUCGCCGCCUGAAACAGCUUUUGCCGCCGCCUACGUUUCGUUGAUGGUAAAAAAAAAAGUGCUUUCUCUUCUUUAAUAAAGUCUCCUACAAAAGGGAUCCAAACAAGGUGCAUCUCAGAGGUUGCAGUAUGAAGUAUUACCUUGGUGACGUACAGGUGUGUCAGUGUCUCGUUCUCUUUAUGUUCGUGUCACACCUGUCUCUCACUGACGGUCGUCACAAACGUGUUAUUGUCGUCGGAGGCGGAAUUGCCGGUUUAGCUGCAGCGAGAAAAAUAAGUAACUGUAAAACGUGUGACAUUCACGUCACUGUGUUUGAAGCCAGACGCGAUCGCUAUGGUGGAAGAAUAUGGACGGACAAGAAACACAUGCCCCAUGCAAGAGGUAUUGAGGCAGAGCUGGGAGGUUCGACAAUCAACAUGCAGGUGAAAAAUAAUCCGCUGAGUAACUUGACGCGAGACUUCGAGCUGGAGACUAGCAAAUUUGGGGAAUCCAUCUUUGUGAUGCCUGAUGGGAAGACGUACAGAGGAAAAGACUUGGCCGAUGUUUAUGUGAAAGCCAUCGAUAUUGUCGCCAGUGCCGUACACAGAGUGAGGUCGAACCAGAAGGACGUGUCUAUGCGUGAGGCCAUCACGAGGUGGGUGGAGGAGGAGGAGGGCGAGCUGGACAUGGAUGGUCCAGUUGGACUCUUCCUGCGGACUCUACCGUCAUUCAGCGUGGGGUCGUACUCAGCACUUCUGUACAGACCAAGUGACCUUGACUUUGGCUAUGAACAGGUGGUGCUUGACGGAAUGUCCGAAGUACUCGACAGAUUGGUAAGUGGCUCUGGCCCUGAAUCGCCGCUAGAAAUUGAGUUGAGAAUGACGGUGCGACAGAUUGAACUGAAGCCGGCUAGCAGGAUUGUACUGGUUCGCACCAAAGACCGAGAGCAGUUUGAGGCCGAUGCCGUCAUAGUGGCAGUUCCUUUGUCCGUCAUACGGAAAGAAAAACUUGUCUUUGAACCAGCCUUGUCUAAAGACUACAGAUACGCACUUGAUCAAGUCGGAAUAAGUAGUGGCAACAAGCUGAUUGUAGAAUUUGAUGAGGUGUUCUGGCCGGAGGAUGUUGGGGUGUUUGUGUUGGCGCCAGCGACGGAGGCAGACGAAGGUUUUCUACAGGUCUGGCUCAACUCACACAAGCUGGGUGGUACUAAAAGUCUAACCGGAAUGAUGUUCGGACCAGCAGCUGACCGCUUCGAGAACAUGACAGAUGAAGAGGUGGAGACAAAAGCUCGACAGCAGUUAUCCAAGUUGUUUGGUGUGAAGAAAGUUGAAGCCAGAAAUGUGACCCAGAUUUUGAGAUCAGACUGGAGUAAAAAUAUUUACACUGGAGGCGCAAGUUCAUUUCCACAAGUCGGUAACAACCCAACCAUCUGGGACACUCUUUCCAAACCGAUCUGCCCUCUCGUUUUCUUCGCUGGCGAGCACACAAUUCUGGAAGGAAUCGGGACAAUGCACGGUGCAUACCAGUCGGGACUCCGAGCUGCAGAACAGUUUCUGUCCGGCUACUGUGAUAAACACAGCAAACACAAGGACAAACACAAGCAGAAACCCGCUCCCAGUGACGGCGAUAAACAAACACUGAACAAGAACAAAGCAAACGAAAGAGAUAAGAAGAAGGAUGAAUUAUAGAUUGGUUGGGACAGUCGAGUUGUAAUUAAAUAAUUUUUUGGAA